AUGAAACCGGCAAAUUCAAUGAGGAGAGAGAGAGAGAGAGAGAGAGAGAGCGAAACUUCCCCUGUUUCUUACCACGUUCUUGUUUUGGUUCUUUGCGUGGUCUGGAAUCAAAGUCUUCCCCCCCUUCCACCACAAUAAUGAGAAAGUAUAGAAGGGAGAGAAGAUAAAUCAAGAAAUCCCCACUUGACCCUGCAUUUCCAGUCUUCGUUCCGGUUUCAGUUUUUUCCACCUUUCUUUUUUUGACCCACGAGGGAAAGGAAAAACCAAGAGCUCCCAAGCUUUCAGAUUUCUGGCCGCGGUGGAAUUUGCGAGAGUUUUUCCGUCAUGGGAUCGAAGUACCUCCUCGCUUUCGCCUUCCUCGUCCUCGCCUUCUUUCCCGAUUCGUCUCGUUCUGCUAUCCCGCGAUGGCUUGGCGAGCAGAAAAUGCGAGGGUCGGUGAUCCGUAUGAAGACGGGUGGAUCUUCAGCCGCUAUCGAUCCCACUCGGGUCACCCAGCUCUCGUGGAGACCUAGGGCUUUUCUCUAUAAGGGGUUUCUGUCUAAUGAAGAGUGUGAUCAUCUUAUGGACAUGGCAAGGGACAAGCUUGAGAAGUCAAUGGUGGCUGACAAUGAGUCUGGUAAGAGUAUAGAGAGUGAAGUCCGAACAAGCUCGGGAAUGUUUCUUGGGAAAGCUCAGGAUGAGGUUGUUGCUGAAAUUGAAGCUAGGAUAGCUGCAUGGACCUUCCUUCCUGCGGAAAAUGGAGAGUCGAUUCAAAUAUUACACUAUGAGCAUGGUCAAAAGUAUGAACCUCAUUAUGAUUAUUUCCAUGACAAGGCUAAUCAAGAGUUGGGUGGCCAUCGGGUGGCUACCGUGCUGAUGUAUCUGUCUAAUGUAGAGAAAGGAGGAGAAACGGUUUUCCCUAAUGCAGAGGGAAAGUUGACUCAACCAAAGAGUGAUGACCUUUCUGAUUGUGCAAAAAAUGGUUAUUCAGUGAAACCCAUGAAGGGCGAUGCCUUGCUGUUCUUCAGCCUUCAUCUGAACGCAACCACGGACACUAGCAGCUUGCACGGGAGCUGUCCUGUCAUCGAAGGCGAGAAAUGGUCUGCAACCAAGUGGAUCCACGUGAGGUCAUUCGACAAGCUGACAAGGAGCUCAGUCGACGGAGAAUGCAAGGACGACAAUGUGAACUGCCCUAUGUGGGCCAGGGCUGGCGAGUGCCAGAAGAACCCUGUCUACAUGGUCGGGUCCGAGGAUUCUUACGGGUCUUGCAGGAAGAGCUGCAAAGUGUGCUCGUCGUAGAGGAAGGAGGUGCUUCUAUGUUUAGCUUUCACAUUCUUCUUUUGCACUGUCGAGAGUUAUAGACCCAAACUGAUGUAUAUAAACAUCAAGAGCUGUGUUCUAGGGAGGCGCCAUAGUCGCAGAAAUCUACCUUCCAAGCUUUUUGUAGCGUCUGUGUACCCAAUGGAAUCAUAUAUGUGGGUUCCUUUCAAUCCCACAUAAGGAAGACAGUGGUUCAUGUUAAGAAAGUAAUACUACAUGAAUAAGUUGAAAUUGCCAGCAGUGCGGCUAUUUAGGCGUUCAAUCGCGAGCAAUGCGAUGGAGGUUAUGUUAUUUUCAGUUUAUAGCCUUAAUUAAGGAACAUGUUUUCUAGAUUAUUUGAAA